GAGAGAGAGAGAGAGAGAGAGGAAGGAUGCUGCCGCCGUUGCCUGUGGAGACGGGCGGCUGACUUUCCCUCCCUGACCCGCCCAAGGCUUGUCUCCGCAGCUGCUUCUGAAGCCAUGGGCGAGAAAGUUUCGAGCGAGGGGCAGCAGAGGCGCCUCGGCGGGCGGAGGGGCUCCUCUGCCUGCGCGUCCUCUUCCUCUUCUUCCUCCUCCAGCUCCAGCUCCGGCUCCUCGGACUCACAAACUCUUUCCGAGGAAGGCGGCGGCGGCGGGCAGCGGGCAACUCCAGCAGGCGCCGCGGCUCCGCUGCCUCCGUUCCCCCUUUGGCGCAGCGGCCCCCAGCGGCCGGGGAAGGAACUGCAAGCAGGCGAAGAAGGGAAGGAGAGGAGGACUCUGGCGGCGUUUGGGGAGCGAGGGAAGCCGCCAAAGGAAGGCGGAAGGGGCGAGGAAGGCGGCGGAGGAGCCUCGCUGGAGGAGCAGGACGAGGAGCUUGACAGCAUAUUGUCCCCACCAUCUAUGCCGUUUCGGAAAUCCAGUAACCCUGAAGUUUCUUCUGGCCCUGGCAAGUCACUGAAAUUUAAAAGGCAGCUCAGUGAAGAUGGCAGACCAUUCAGAAGAGGAAGCCUUGGAGGAGCUCUGACUGGUAGGUACUUGCUGCCAAAUGCUGUUACACAACAAUCAUGGCAAAAUGGAGAAACUUCCAAUCUUGUCCGAAUGCGCAGCCAAACACUGGGGCAGUCAGCGCCUUCUCUAACAGCUAGUUUGGAAGGGACACCUCAGAAGAGCCAUUUCAGCUCAGCCCGGCAUCGUCAGAGGCUAGCAGAACCAGCGGCUACAAAAAAGGAGCUGAGUCUUCCAAGAAGAGGAAGUUUUUGCCGGACAAGUAAUAGAAAAAGUUUGAUAUGCAAUGGCCAGUCACCUGCUAUGCCCCGGCCACAUUCACCACUAUCCGCUCAUGCAGGAAGCAGCCCUCAAGACAGUCCCAGAAACUUCUCUCCUAGUGCCUCGGCUCAUUUUUCUUUUGCACGAAGCCAUGGGCAUCGAAAUGAAAGGACGGAUGGACGACGUUGGUCACUGGCAUCUCUCCCCUCCUCUGGUUAUGGUACAAAUACUCCCAGUUCAACAGUUUCAUCAUCCUGUUCUUCCCAAGAGAAGUUACACCAGUUACCAUAUCAACCAACACCUGAUGAACUACAUUUUUUAUCUAAACAUUUCUGCACAACUGAAAGCAUUGCCAGUGAUAAUAGGUGUAGGACCACUCAAAUGCGGCCACGAUCGAGAAGCCUCAGCCCUGGACGUUCUCCUGCCUGCUGUGACCAUGAAAUAAUUAUGAUGAACCAUGUAUAUAAAGAAAGAUUCCCAAAGGCUACUGCUCAGAUGGAAGAACGGCUUCAGGAGAUUAUUACCAGCCAUUCUCCUGACAACGUCCUUCCCUUGGCAGAUGGAGUGCUCAGUUUCACCCACCAUCAAAUCAUUGAGCUGGCUCGUGAUUGCUUGGAUAAAUCUCAUCAGGGUCUCAUCACUUCACGAUAUUUCUUUGAAUUACAGCACAAAUUGGAUAAACUGCUGCAAGAGGCUCAAGAACGAUCAGAAAGUGGAGAACUGGCAUUUAUUAAGCAGCUUGUCCGAAAAAUACUUAUCGUCAUUGCACGUCCUGCUCGCUUACUUGAAUGCUUGGAGUUUGAUCCUGAGGAGUUUUACUAUCUUUUGGAAGCUGCAGAAGGCCAUGCAAAGGAGGGGCAAGGCAUUAAAACUGACAUCCCUAGGUAUAUUAUAAGCCAGCUGGGUUUGAACAAGGAUCCUUUAGAAGAAAUAGCUCAGUUAUCUAACUAUGAUAGUGGGACAGCAGCAACUCCAGAAACAGAUGAAUCAAUUAGUAGUUCUAAUGCACCCCUUAAACUCCAGAGGAAGCCUCGGGAAAGUGACUUUGAAACAAUUAAACUGAUUAGUAAUGGAGCUUAUGGUGCUGUUUAUUUGGUGCGACAUAAAGAAACCCGGCAGAGGUUUGCUAUGAAGAAAAUUAACAAACAGAAUCUCAUUCUUCGAAACCAGAUUCAGCAAGCAUUUGUUGAGCGUGAUAUCCUGACAUUUGCAGAAAAUCCAUUUGUUGUCAGCAUGUAUUGUUCUUUUGAAGCCAGGCGCCAUUUAUGUAUGGUCAUGGAAUACGUAGAAGGUGGAGACUGUGCUACUUUAAUGAAAAACAUGGGCCCUCUACCUGUGGAAAUGGCCAGGAUGUACUUUGCAGAAACUGUUUUGGCCUUGGAAUAUCUCCACAACUAUGGAAUAGUACACAGGGACUUGAAACCAGAUAACUUAUUGGUAACAUCCAUGGGACAUAUAAAGUUAACAGAUUUUGGGCUAUCCAAGGUUGGUCUCAUGAGCAUGACCACCAAUCUGUAUGAGGGUCACAUUGAAAAGGAUGCUAGAGAAUUUCUGGAUAAACAGGUCUGUGGCACACCAGAAUAUAUAGCACCAGAAGUAAUUCUGCGGCAAGGUUAUGGUAAACCAGUGGACUGGUGGUCGAUGGGAAUUAUUCUCUAUGAGUUUCUUGUUGGAUGCGUACCAUUUUUUGGGGAUACACCAGAGGAGUUAUUUGGACAAGUAAUCAGUGAUGAGAUCAACUGGCCUGAAAAGGAUGAAGCUCCACCUCCAGAUGCCCAAGACCUGGUUACAUUACUUCUGAGGCAAAACCCUUUGGAGAGGUUGGGGACAGGUGGUGCCUAUGAGGUGAAACAACACCAGUUCUUUCAGCACUUAGAUUGGAAUAGUUUGCUGAGACAGAAAGCAGAAUUCAUUCCUCAAUUGGAAUCUGAAGAUGACACAAGCUACUUUGACACUCGUUCUGAGAAAUAUCACCAUAUGGAAACAGAAGAGGAAGACGAUACAAAUGAUGAAGACUUUAACUUGGAAAUAAGGCAAUUUUCCUCAUGUUCACAUCGAUUUUCAAAAGUUUUUAGUAAUAUAGAUCGAGGAACUCGAAAUCAGACUGAAGAGAAGGAAGAUACAACUGAAAGAACCAAAAUUGUGACACUGACAUCAGCAGAAUCUCUAAGUUGGAGCUCAGAAUAUUCUGAGAUUUCUAGGCAACGGCACAAUUCAGGGGUGCUUCCUAAGUUGGCUAUAUCAGCUGAGGAAGAUCAAGAAGAAUCUCCACGUUGUGUUGGAUCCCGUAAAGAUCAAGAAAGAACUAACUUUGUUAGUGAGGAAACUAUUCAAGAUGAACUGGAAGUAACAACUCCAGCAAGCACCAUCAGUAGCUCUACAUUGUCAGUUGGCAGUUUUUCAGAGCACUUAGAUCAGAUAAAUGGAAAAAACGAAACUUCGGACAGCACAGAUAAUUUCUCAAAGCCAACUAGUGAUCAAGCAUCUCAUGUAGCUCGCCAGCGAUUAGAAACUACAGAGAAAAAGAAAAUAUCUGGAAAAGUCACAAAGUCUCUCUCAGCUAGUGCUCUGUCCCUUAUGAUCCCAGGAGAUAUAUUUGGUGUAUCUCCUUUGGGAAGUCCCAUGUCCCCCCAUUCUGGGUCUUCAGAUCCCUCUUCCUCCAGAGACUCUUCACCUAGCCGUGACUCUUCAACUGCUUCAGCCAGUCCUCAUCAACCUGUCAUAAUUCAUACUUCUGGCAAAAAAUAUGGAUUCACUAUCCGAGCAAUCAGAGUGUACGUGGGUGACAGUGAUAUCUAUACAGUUCACCAUAUUGUUUGGAAUGUUGAAGAGGGAAGUCCAGCUUAUCAAGCUGGAUUGAAAGCUGGUGAUUUGAUCACUCACAUCAAUGGAGAGCCAGUGCAUGGUCUUGUUCACACUGAAGUCAUAGAACUGUUAUUAAAGAGUGGCAAUAAAGUUUCAAUUACUACAACACCUUUUGAGAAUACUUCAAUAAAAACAGGACCAGCUAGAAGAAAUAGCUAUAGAGGCCGAAUGGUUAGACGGAGUAAGAAAACAAAAAAGAAAGAAAGUUUGGAAAGGAGAAGAUCUCUUUUCAAAAAGCUGGCUAAGCAGCCAUCACCCCUUCUUCAUACAAGUCGUAGUUUCUCCUGCCUGAACCGAUCGCUUUCAUCAGGGGAGAGCUUGCCAGGCUCCCCAACUCACAGCCUGUCUCCCCGCUCACCAACGCCAAGCCUUCGCUCCACCCCUGAUUUCCCCUCAGGUACCAAUUCUUCGCAAAGUAGUUCUCCGAGUUCAAGUGCACCCAAUUCUCCAGCUGGAUCAGGGCAUAUUAGACCAAGCACCCUCCAUGGUUUGGGUCCCAAGCUUGGUGGGCAAAGAUACAGGUCAGGAAGACGCAAAUCAGCCGGCAGCAUUCCCCUUUCACCCUUGGCACGGACUCCUUCUCCCACACCGCAGCCAACUUCCCCUCAGCGAUCUCCAUCACCUUUGUUGGGGCACUCAGUUGGAAACACAAAAAUAGCUCAGGCUCUCCCUGCCAAAAUGCAUUCUCCUCCUACUAUUGUGAGACAUAUAGUUAGACCUAAGAGUGCCGAACCACCACGGUCGCCAUUACUCAAAAGGGUUCAGUCAGAAGAGAAACUUGCCCCUUCUUAUGGCACUGACAAGAAACACUUGUGCUCACGCAAACACAGCCUUGAGGUAACUCAGGAAGAAGUUAACAAGGAAGUAUCUCAACGAGAUAUAACCCUUCAGAGUCUUGAAGAGAAUGUUUUGGAUGCUCCAUCACUUACACGAGUGAGGCCUGUAGAACAAGGUUGCUUAAAGCGGCCCAUUUCCAGGAAGGUAGGCAGACAGGAAUCAAUCGAUGAACUGGACAGAGAAAAAUUAAAAGUCAAAAUAGUUGUGAAAAAGCAAGAUCUGACAGAGAAACAAGAACACUUGCAGAAAACAAGCACUGUACAUGAACUUUGUGGUGAAUCAGAAAGCUUUGUUACCGCUUCUCUGGAGGAGAGAGAUGUCAAGAAAGGAUUUCCAAAAGCUUUGGACAGAUCAACCCCUUCUGAAAUUAAAAUUACAUCUCUGGAGAUACAAUCGGUAGGUGGCAUGUUAAAGGACACCCUUCAAAAGAAUGCAAGCAUGAGAUCAAAUGAUUAUAUUGCUUCAGAUGUGCACGUACAAUGUCAUGGGCCUCCAUUUAAUGAACUCAGUCAUUUGCCUUAUGACUUCAAAAGAAUUCCUGCUUCAUGUACCUUGCAGGAUGUUCUGCCUCACUCAUCUGACAAGAUGCUGAAUGGAAAAGGAGAAAUUGUAGAUAAAACUGCACCAACAAAAGAAUUUGUCAAAUUUGAAAGAUUAGAUAGUAAGCUUGCAAAUAUUGAUUUCCUUCGAAAGAAAAUGUCCUUGGAAGAAAAAGAUGACAGCCCCUGUCCAGUGCUAAAGUCCAAACUGACAUCAAAUGUGCACGAGUGCCAUCAGCUCAAUAUAGUCAGACCUAUAAAUGUGCUGCAGGAUUCCAAUUCAAUUGUUGAAAGCCGACCUUUUAUCAGCAGUGCUCAUGCUGCUCAGAUUAACUCUGUUCCUUUUGUUCCUCUCAAAGCUUUGAAUGUCCGAGGAGAAACUAGCAUGGAGAAAUCAGCCAUGAUUUCUACAGAGUCUCCUGUCCGAAAGAGUCCUUCAGAAUAUAAACUAGAAGGAAGGUCUGUGUCUUGCUUGAAACCUAUUGAAGGUACAUUAGACAUUGCAUUACUUUCAGGGCCACUGGUUUCAAAGACAGAAAUAUCUUCAAAGACAGAAAUAUCUUCUUGUACAUUCCCAGGAGGUCAAAAUACCAAAAAUGAUGCUGUGGUACUUACGUGCUCAGGUGGUAGCAAUAUGCAGGUUGAGCCAUCUCCGAAAGAGAAGCCACAAACCUUCCACCAAUCCAGCCCUUGCAAAUCCAAUCUGUCUCCAUGCUCAAAUCCAAAUAAAACUGCACAGAGCUCACCAGCAAUGCCUGUGACUACUGAACAUCAGCCAGAAAAAACACUCUCCAAUCUCAGUGCUAAAUGUGAUCCGUCUAUACGGGUAAUUAACCAAAAAAGAGAGGUAAUCCAACUUCGUGCAAAUGAGACUAAAUCUAAUAGCCCUCAAAACCAGAAUUUUGCCUUGACAACCAGCAGAUCUGCCCAGCAACAAGGAAAUUCUGAGAAAGCCAAACGAAAAGAGAAGAAAACAUCUAAAGAAGUUCCUGACAGCCAUAUAAGGGCUCAACAGAGUGGUGAUAUGCUUCCAGAGAAACCUGGGAUAACUGAGGAGGCCUCAGCAAAGAGACCUGUAUCAGAAAUGCUCACAAAUCAAGACCCUAAACGCACUGCAAGGUGUUCCUUUGAUGCACAUUUGCAGCCACAAACACGUGGAACAGGAAAAGUACAGGUAACAGGUUCAAAAAUAAAGGCCAAAGAUGUCAGAGAUAUGUUCAAACAAUCAGCAAAAGAGGAUGGUAACACUGUUGCAGAAGUUUCAGGAAAUGGGCUGAGUGUACAGAAAGCAAGUGUAUGUUUCAAGCCUGAAGGUUCAGUCCUUCCAAUGUCUUUACAAACAUUUUCAGAUCUAAGUUCUGCUAAACAGGAAAAAAAUACAAUUAAUGUAACGGUUCAAAAGGACAGCCCUCGAGAUCUGAAAGCAAAAGAGCAGAGACAAUCUAAAAAUGUACUGCCAACUUCUGAGAAAGAAUCCAGCUUUGCUUCUAGACCACAAGGUAGCAAUCCUGAAAUGCCUUCUGUGAAACAAUUGUCCAGUGUAUCAUCCACAGCAGAUGCUCCUCUGUUUUGCAGCAACCAAGAUAAUCUCCGACCAACAUCAGAACCAGAAAAUAGCACUGUUAAGUCAAGACAAGCGUCUGACACUUGCUCUUCUAAUUUAAAGAAUUCUGAUAAAUUGACACAAAAACAAAUUGCUACAAAUGUAAAAGAAAAGGAAAAUGGUGUUCAGAUUUUGACUGGUUCUAAGAAGGAAGGGAAAAAUGUAGGUUUUUUAUAUUCCUCAAGCUCUCCCAAAAAACUAAAUAGUGAGCAUAUCCAGGUAGAACGACAGCUGGUUGUAGAAUGUGGGUCAGAAUCCUCAGUGCAAGCCAGUAGCAGCAUGCCUGAAAAACAACUUAAGUCCUCCAGUAAAAGCCAGGGAGCAGCAGUGGCACUAGACAACACUAAGUAUUUUCAAAAGCAAGAACUGACAAGCUUAACUGACCCUGUUGAUCAAAAGCCAUAUCAUGUACGCAGCAAACAAAGCGUGCCUCCAAAAAUAUCUGCUGUGAAGGAUAGUCCCUUGGUGAACAAACAGGUAGACAAGGGCCCAAGCAAUCAGACCAGCGCUGCAGAAAAACAGCCCGAAGCAAAAAAAAGCACUGAAGCACUUUAUUUUCAGAGUGACCAUGGGAAAUCAGAUCUUAGUUUUCCUACUCCUAGCAGUGAUGCCAGAGGAAAAGCUGUGGAAAAGGCAGUCACUUGUAGCAAGGACACAAAAGGCAAAGGCCACAUGAAUCAGAAACAAGUAGUGGAAGGGAACAAGCAGCAUGCAGCAAAACAUUCCUCAUCAAUUUCUUUGCAGACUUCUUGCCGCACAACUGCAGUGACAACAAAGCAACUUGACUGCCCAUCCAGCAUCCCUGAAUCUAGACAGGAAGUCCGUGUUUUACCUUUGACAAAAGCUAAGCUGGGAUCAUCAGAGCCACUUGCAGCGAGCGGCAAGGAAAUGAAAAAGCAAACCAGCUUGUCCACAGAAGGUGGUAGGGCAGAAAUGACUAAAAGUGUUUCAUUGCUGGGCAUGUACUGCACUCCAUCCCCUGUGGAAGAGAACAUUCCCAUUUCUGACUUUGGGGGGAAGCUGAAAAGUCAAGAGAGGCCUCACGCUGCUAACACUGUGGACAUAAAGGGAAAAGACCCUAUUCUGCCUCAGUCUUCUGCUGUAAGAAAACAGAAUGUAGGUAAAGAUUUGCCAAAGUCAGGGACUUCCGCUGACUCUCUCAAUGCACUUUCGUCUGACAAAGACUCGGCCCGGCAAAGGCGAGGAAAAGAAACCUCAAAAAGUAGUCCUCACAAAAAAACCUCCUAAUAUCAAGACUCGCAACUCGGAUUUCUUUCCCCAAAGUGUCAUAUCUCAUUUUAUCUUUCGAAAACAGCACUGUGUGGUAUUUUCUUGCAGAAAAAAUACUCCGCGCCACUGAAGCAGGGUGUGUAAAGAAAGGACUUGUUUUUUCCCCCUCAAAUUGCCUUCCCAAGUGUAACCGGUUAAACUGUUACCAUAUUGUAUUUGUACAAAAACACUUUUACAAUUUGAAACAUAAGUUGCAGGGACAGGGAGGGGGUCAGUAGCAAACGGUCUGUAAAUACUUCAUAGUGUUAUUCUGAAUGUAGUGUAUCCACUUUGCUGCUGAUUAUAUUGUUUCCUCUAUCUUUUGUGGUAGUAGCUUUGCCACUGGUUUUCCAUAAUCUAAGAAGAAACAGAAUUACUAUACUUUGGGCCUAGGUUUAAACCCACAAAUAUACCGGUCUGACGGUUAGGACAGAGAACUAAAUCCCACCCCCACCUCACCCCACCUUUGUACUUGUUCAGAACUAUAUACUUAACUAUGAAAUUUAAGAAAUUUAAGACUUCUAGUUGCUGUCAGUGAGUUUAGGUGUGAAAUUUAAGAGCUUGAGGAUGGUAGUAUUGUAGUGACCUAGAUAUAUUAGUUUAAAUAGCUGACCAAACUGCAGCUUAUGUUUCACACAGCGUCUGCGUUUUGGUAGGGCUAUGCUAGUAAUAGCGAAGGAAAGAGUCUCCAUUAUCAUUAUAACUCACACUAUACCAUUCCCACUUUAGCUUCUGGUAACAUGAAGGCCACGUCAUCGCCUUUCCUUCAUUGCAUCUUAGACUGAGUCUGUAGUGACUUUGCAGUGAGCCUAGCUUCUGCUGUUGAUUCAGGCCACAUUUAUUUAGAAUCGGGCAUAAAGAUAGUCCAGAAGUGCAUCGCUUGAAGCAUUCGACUGUUUUGCAUUACCUUAAUGAAUCAUCUUGUUGUCACGAUAGAUAGAUUAGAGCUUUUUUUUCUAUUUUAUGACAAGAGGUGGGGAGGUAGGGAGGGGGAAAUUGAAGCUUUUAUUUCCCAACAAUGUAUCUAGAUAUAGUAUAUCCAGCACCUGAUAAUACUUUAAUACCUAGCUGGGGCCUUAUGUUGUAGAGUAGCUUGCUGUUUUUAGCAAGUCAUCCUAAGUUUCACAUUUUGAAGUACAUUAGUAGCUGUAUACAUUUCAUAUUGUGACCUUUAUUUGUAUUGAGAAAAAAGAAGUGUGUUUUAUAAAAGAAUAAAAAGGUGGUUUUGUAAAAAAAAGUGUGUGUGGGGGGGUUCUCUUCGAGCUACUUGGUGCUAGAUUUUGAGUGUCCUUUUUACUUUUGCUAAGCCUUAUUUGAAUUUUGUGUAUUGUGGAAUGUGUCUAAUGUGUCUGAUUAAAUUUGGAGCAAAAGUGCUUGGUUUGGUUGGAAACACUCCAGAAAAUUGAUCACAGAUAGGUGUGCUAAAAUGACCAGGAUCCAGAAAUACUUUUUAUAUGUUUUCUAUGUUGAUUUGCAAAAGUUCAUUUAGUGGUGCCUCCCACUUCCCAUGGAUAUUUGCUCUCUCAAUUUCCUGAACAAUCUUAACACAAUACCAGCAUGCUAGAUGCAUUUCCUUGAGAAAAAGCAUUAAGCCGGUUGGGAUUUUACUCAUUUUUAGAAGUCUCUGUUAAGAAAAAAUUGCCAGAAAGUUUCUAAUUUUCCAUGAAACAUUACUGCAUUCAUUUCCCUUAUAUAUAUACUCAUGAAUUAUUUAGAACAACUGGAUUAUUUUUUAAAUUUGCAUGGUCCUAGCAUUUACAAUCUGUGUUUGUAUUUUGGGAAUGAAUUCACUGAACAUGAAUGCACUCCAAAAUCAUGACAUUUCUAUCUGGGAGGUAUUUUAUAGUUUACAGUGACUUGUAUUUAAAAUCCUUCCAUUUGUUUCCUUUAAAGCACAUCUAGCUAUCUUGUUUACAAAUGUAUCUUUUUAAUGUAUAUUUUGUAUAGUACUUUAUCACUUUUGCCAAAUAUUUUUUUUAUUUUGGAAACAUAGUAGCACCUAUGCUUGUAUUCAUGUAGUCCCUGUCCGUUGCUGUUUAACUUAGAGUGAACUGUUAAUGAUCCUCUUAAAUGUACUUUGUCAGUCUCUGUGUGGUUGUAUAUUAAACUGUCCCUUUGUAGUACUUCCUACUGUAGAUGAUCAAAUUAUUAAAAAGAAAGUUUGUUAGGAUCUGUGCAAUAAA